AUUUAAUGUAAGUAUUAGUAUUUUAGACUACUUGAUGUGCCACUUUGCUGUUUGGUUGAAGCAUUUCUUCCAUCCAAUGUUUUCUUAGGUUUGGGUAUUCCCGUGAAAAUCUCCUUGAAAGUCUGUAUUUUCUACGCACAGUGAAAACUUGUAUGAGGGCAAGAUGUGUGAGCAAUAUAGCUUACUCCGUCAAGACUUCCUUAGUAUAGCAGAACCUUUUAUUGACUGUGGUAUAUUGGAUCAACUAAAACAAAAUUAUGCACAUGAGAUUGAUUCAAGACGCAAAUUAAGUAGUGUAAAAGACCUUAAAACAUUUAUAAGAUUAUUAGAAAAACGCGAUAUUAUCAGUUAUAAGAAUAUAAAAGAAUUGCAAAGCAUAUCAAAGUUAUUUAUUAGGAAGUCAGCUUUGGAAAGUAAGUUGCUCGAUUAUGAGAAUUGGCUGAAGACUGUGCCUACAUCACAUUUAUGUGAUAUGUAUCAACAUAAUGAAAUAGCUUCAGGGUCGUCACAAGGAGCAGAAAAUGUAGAAACAAAUCAAAGAACAACCUCAGAGCCUGAAUGUUCUAAUUUACCUCAAUCAUCAAUGCAUAGCGAAACUGUGUCAUUUAAUCGUAUUACACAAACAUUGCACUGUUCUCAAGAAAAUAAAACAAAUAAUCUUGAUGAUAAAAGAAAAUCGCUUCAACAAACAGUGUUACUACAACUUAAGGAUAGGCUGGGUCGAUCUUGGAGGAAUGUAGCUAGACAUUUAGAAAUUAGAGAGUGUGAAAUUGAUGCUAUACAAAGUAAAUAUCCUUUUGAUUUAAAAGAACAGAGUUAUGAGAUGCUGAAAAUUUAUAUAUCACAAUCCAACACGGAAGAAUGGGCAAUAAAUUUAAUACGUGCUUUAGAAAAAGGAAGGCGUAAAGAUCUUAAAGAACUAACAGAAGAUUUAACAUGGAAAACUAGUAUGUAAAAAGAUUGAUAGUAUCCUGUAUUGAUACUAUUAAUCAUACUGUUAGAAGAUAUAUAAUAUUUUAUAAAAGUAAAAAUUCAAUACACAACAAGAUGGAUAAAUCAAUUAUUUAAAAGU